AUGGCUGCUUCGAUCAUCUUGGCGGCGCUGGGCGAGAAGCUCGCUGCGGAAGUGUACCUGAUAGAACACCCGCUUACGAUGAUCCGCCGCCUACGCAUGACCUACAAUGUCAAGUGUAGCGCAAGCAUUGGGGCGGCCAAGCACGAAUACAUGGGGCUCUAUCUGGAUGGAGAUGACUCCAUGGUGAAGCACAUCAAGACGACAAGACGUGUCCUUGAUGAGCUGCACGAGCAGCACACGACUGUCUCUGAUGAAGAGCAGAGACCGAACUUCAUGCAGAGCCUGGGGCCUGCUUAG